GGCCAUGUGAGAAAGGCACUGCAGAAUGUGGAAGGGCAUGUUUGUCAGGACUGCAAGGCAGACAGUAAGACACAAGAGAAGGCUGAGGAGGAGGAGACUGAUGAAGGCACUUCGAUAUGGUUAUGCCUAAAAUGUGGCCAUAGGGUAUCUCUUUUGUUGUUAAUUUGUCUUAAUCCCUUUCAGCGUCUCAUAAUGCAGCGGAACAAGAGAGUUUCUGUAUAAACUCUUAUAUUCUCUUUUUUUAUUGUAAAGAUGGUGCUACCUAGAUGACUUUAUAUACCGUAGAGUGUGAUUUAAAAAUGUCUGCUCUGAAUGUCAAAUGAAGUACUUGGAAGAUAGCUCGAAGACAUUUAGUAGGCUUAAGGCUAAAACACCAUGUUGAGGACUGGUUUUCCUAGAAAGUUUGAAUUAUUUUGCAGAGAAAAUAAAAAUACUCCUAAUCUAUGGGGUUUUUUUGCAAGAUCUUAAUGCUCAUGUUAGUUCAUGAAACUUGUAACUCUGCAUGCUGAAGAGGUUUUGGUUCUGUUUCGUUCUUUCAGGUGUUUAGACUGGAAUUUGUUCAUUAAAUGUUCAGUCCCAUAGCAGCUUUAUUCUGCACCCCGUAAUUUAUCCAUCUGCAGAGAUAAAUAUUUUGAAAUAGAUAUUUGUCUGUUGAUCCCAAUUAGUUGAACAUAAUUGAACAGUUUUGAUUGUAAUACUUUGUUUUCACUCUGAAUUUAUGUAUGUUUCAUUGGCAGCCAAAUGGAUUUUGUGACACUUGUGGUUAUCAAUAUUGUAGGGCUGUGACAGAAAUUCUCCUGACCAGCAUGCUUUAAAGCAUUAUGAAACACCAAGAUCAGAUCCCCACUGUUUGGUUCUCAAUUUGGACUACUGGAGUGUGUGACAGGUGCUACAUAUGUGAUAAUGAAGUUCCAUAUAAAACUUCAACCCUUUUGGGCCAGACUGUGGAUUUUGUUAGAAAACAAGUUGUUAUUGACUCAUCACAUGCAGUUGAAAAACAAGAGAACAAAGAAGUUGAAAAUAAAAAAGUAGAAAAAGACAGCAAAAAUAAACAAGGAAAAGAAGUUUCACUUAAAGAAGAAAAUUCUUAUUCAACUGCUAAUGGAGAAGUCACUGUGAAAGGACUUAGUAACUUGGGGAAUACAUGUUUCUUUAAUGCAGUGAUGCAGAAUUUAUCACAAACUCCAAUCCUGAGGGAGCUGCUUAAAGAAGCUAAAAUACCUGGCACAGCGAUUAAAAUUGAGUCACCUGAGCUAUGCAUGGAACCUCAGCUAAUAAAACUAGAUCAGCCAGGUCCUUUAACACUAGCCAUGCAUCAGUUUGUGACAGAAAUGCAAGAGACAAAAAAAGGGGUAGUGACUCCUAAGGAACUUUUUGCUCAGGUUUGUAAAAAAGCAAUACGAUUCAAAGGUUAUCAGCAGCAAGACAGUCAUGAACUGCUUCGUUACUUACUUGAUGGAAUGAGAGCAGAAGAAAUCCAGCAAAUAAGCAUUGGAAUGCUAAAGGCGCUGAGUGACUCUAACAAACAAAAUGAAGAAGAACUUAAAAAGAAAAUUAAAGAAUAUGAAAAGAAAAAGGGAAUACAAAGUUUUGUAGAUCGAAUCUUUGGUGGAGAAUUAACCAGCACAAUUAUGUGUGAGGAAUGCAGAACUGUGUCCUUGGUCCAUGAGUCUUUCCUUGAUUUGUCACUUCCUGUACUAGAUGUUCAGAAAGGGAAAAUUACAAAGAGAGAAAAUGUUAAAAAAAACAAAGAAAAAGAAUCUGAAGAUGAAGAGGAUAAAAUUGAUGACCAUUACCUUAAGCAGAAAUAUGAGCCCCGUGGUACAAGUAAGCACCUUCAGAAAAAAAUGAAGAAACAGGCCAAAAAAAAAGCCAAGAGCCAACGCCGGCAGGAAAAACUUCAAGGAAAGGUGCUUCACUUGACAGAUCUCUGCACAACUGAACAGCCAGAGAUAGAUGUCAAGUACAACCAAGAAUCAGAUACUGAAAUGAGCUCCGAAACUCUUGAUAAGAAGCAAGAGGAGGAAUCAUCACAUGAUUGCAAAGAUUACUGCUUAGCUCAGAAAGACUUGAGUAUACAGGGGAAUAGUACAGAAAUUCAGAGCAGGCAUGAAAAUGGAGGAAAGCCAGAACAAGAGUGGGAAGAAAACAAGUCACUCAUGGAUCUCUCUAUGGACGGCUUAGAUUCUCCUAUGAAGUUUGUCAAUGGCCUUGACAACCUGUCUUUGAAAGAGGAGGAUGAUGACAAUGAAGAUGAGGAAAAGCUUGUUACGGACUUCUCAAAACUCCACUUGGGUGCCAGUGACACGAGUGACACAAAUACCUUGGAUGGCCUUCAGCCUGUUCCUAACAAGACGUGCGAAGUAUCUACAGAUGACCCCGAAAUGGCAUUUUGUACUCUGGCGAACAGGGAAGAGCUAAACCCUGAGGAAGAUUCAGUCCAUCAUUGUUUGUAUCAAUUUACCCGUAAUGAAACACUUACCGAGACCAAUAAACUACUGUGUGAUGUGUGUACACAAAGGCAUUGUGGACCAAAGAACAACAUAAGUGAAAAGAAGUGUGUUUAUACUAAUGCCAAAAAGCAGAUGCUCAUCUCUCUAGCUCCUCCAAUUUUAACCCUUCACUUAAAGAGGUUUCAGCAGGCUGGAUUUAAUCUGCAGAAGGUUAACAGGCAUAUCAAGUUCCCAGAAGUGAUAGACUUGGCUCCUUUCUGUACAGCUAAAUGUAAAAAUGUGGCUGAAGGGAAUACAAAGGUAUUGUACUCUCUCUAUGGAGUUGUCGAACACAGUGGAACAAUGAGGUCUGGGCACUACACUGCCUAUGUUAAAAUGAGAGCUAUGAACAACCACCUCUGUGAUCUUGUUCUUCGAGGACAAUCUCAAGCUUCAGAAAUUGAGCCAGUCGAAGGUCAGUGGUUCCACAUCAGCGAUACCCAUGUACAACCUGUCUCUGUGUCCAAAGUGCUGAGCUCCCAAGCCUAUCUUCUGUUCUAUGAGAGGCUGCUGUAACUCAUCAGAAGAGCCUUCUUGUGUGUGCAGCCACCUUGUUUGGAGGUCUGAGAAGGCAGACUUGCAAAUCAUGUUGUCGACAUGUUGGAGCUACUCUAUAGCAGGAAUUCACUUUAUGCAUUUUAGGCACACUGACAAGCAGUUAACUUACACUUUUUCAAGUGUUUCCACUACUUUUCAAUAGAAGUUUUUUUCAAAGUUACAGCUUUGGGUUUUUGUUGAGUAAUUUGGUUUCGUUUAGUUUACAGACUGCAAAGGGACUGUUAUGGCCAGCACUGCCUUUUUGUUGUAGGACUUUUUCUUUGAGAGCAGCUGCUGGACAUUUUGAAGCGGUUUGAGAUCUUCAAGCGUUAGAGUGCAAGAUGGUACAUAGAUCUUGAGGGAAAGUGCGUAUCUCCAGGGAGCUGGAUGCAGUUCAGUGGAUGCGAGUUACAUGUUGAGCAGCUGAUGGCACAGAAAAUAUCCUAAAAGAAGAGGCUGUGCUGCAGUUGCCUUUUAUUUUGAAGCUUAUAAACUGUACAGCCAACAAUUAAAUGAUUCCUCUUCCUUCUCUGCUA